UCUACUGUAUGGAUUCGGUAUUUAGGGAUUCUACUGUAUGGAUUCUGGGUUCCCUGAGGGUGUGAAUGCCGAUGGUUGCAUAAAAACCUGUCGUCCGGAUGAAAUCCUGAUCGUUGAUGUUGGCAAAUACGAUUGGGAGUGUGUUCCUAAAUCUUUCAGGCCUGAUAUCCUGAAUAGAAUAUGCCCUGGAGAGUUUAAAGUUGAAUGUCCUGGUAAUGGAGAUAUUGGAGAAUGUGAAUGUGAUGGACAACUAUGGAUUGAUGACACAUGCAGAAAUGGGUUCUACUGUGACAGCAGGAUGGCCGGCAACGGAAUAGAUAUAAAAUGUAAUGACACAGAGAGGAUUGAUGUUGAUAUGAUAGAACAGUCUUGGAAGUGUAUUCCGGAUGAUAAUAAGUGUCCUGGAGGACUACAUACAAAAUGCCAAGCUACCACAACUACCACAACUACAACAACAGAGAGUAGUUCUUCAGCAAUAGUUGAAUCAUUUUUAACUCUUCAAUUAGUCGGGCUGGCAAUAUAUUUCGGAUUUUGGUAGAUUUUACAAAGUUUUCCCUUUUUUAUCAUUGUUUGUAUCCAUGCCUUUAAAACUUUUUCCAAUCAAUUUUUUUCAAUAAACAACCUUGAAAGGAAGUGAACACCUGUGAUGUUGUAAACAGAAAUCUACAAACUCAGGUUGCAAAGAUAAAGGGAUGUGAAAAUUAGUAUUUGAAGGGACCGUUCACUUCUUUGGGUAAUUGCAUAGUAAACUAAGCAUAUUACCUCAGCCUCUUCAUUGGUAUUUAUAGUCUUACUUUUGAAAGAUAUCUAUGACCGAAGAAAAAAAACAAUUUUUCGUUUAGAAUUCCAGCGGAAAGGUACGUUACCUUUCCAUAGACACUAUUUAAACGUUUUUUUUCAGCAACAACAGCCAAUAAAAUCUAAGUUUAUCACAUUUCAAUAUCAACCAUUAUAUAAUAAAAUAUAAAAACAUGU